AUCCAGUUUUCCAAUCUCGUCGUAUUAUCACCGGGGGGACAUUAGCAUAAAGCUGGUUUUAGUUGUUUUACUAAUCUUCAGUCAGGCUGACAAGGUCAGACGACGGUGCAGUAUUGUUGAGAGUUAAAUUGCGAUUAUUACAAUGUUACAUCUACAUCCAUUGGAUCCCUUGACCUCCGAUGAGAUUUCCCUUUCCUCCAGAAUCAUUCGAAAUAACAAACAAAGCCCCCACGGAUGGAUUUUCAACUCGGUCAUUUUGAUUGAACCUCCAAAGUCAGAGCUGGCCCCAAGAUUAUUGAGUAAUGAUUCGUUGAACGGUGUUUUUCCUCGAAAGUCGUUCACAUUAUUGAUUGAGCGAGGAACAGGAAAGGUUUUUGAGGUGGUGGUGAACUUGACCUCUGGGGUCGUGGAAAAGUUUGAUCAAGCGAAAACAGGUCAGCAGCCAACCCUGAGUCCCGAGGACUGUUUCGAAUCGGAAAAAAUUGUCAAGGAGAAUGCAGAAGUGCAAGAGAGAUGCAAGAAAUUGGGAUUGGAUAACAUGGAGCUAGUAACGGCAGAUCCAUGGUCUGUCGGCUACAAUGGGGAACCAGAAUUUGAAAAUAUAAGGCUUGUUCAGCUUUUCAUGUAUUCCAGAAACUUUGCUGGGGAUAACCACUAUGCUCAUCCACUAAACUUUGUUGUUGUUGUGGAUUUAAUUGCUGGCAAAGUUAUUUCAAUCGAUGACCUUCCAAUUCACAAUGACUUUACUCCACAGAAGGAUGACAAUAUUAAAAUUCCAAGAGCUAUAAAUAAUUAUGAUCCAGAAUUCUUGCCAGAAAACUUUAUGAGAAAAGAUUUGAAACCUUUGGAAGUCCAUCAACCCAAAGGUCCAAGUUUUUCUGUAAUUGGGAACGAGAUUUCUUGGCAAAAAUUCAGGAUUCGAAUUGGUUUCAACUAUCGAGAAGGACUUGUUCUUUACGAUGUCCGAUACCAGGACGGGGAAAAAUUACGUCCACUUAUUUAUCGGGCAUCGCUUUCAGAAAUGGUGGUGCCAUAUGGUGACCCUCGCCCUCCAUUCCACCGAAAAUGUGCCUUUGACAUAGGUGACUAUGGACUUGGAUUUUGUUCCAAUUCCCUCGAGCUUGGAUGUGAUUGCUUGGGAACAAUAAAAUACUUUGAUGGAAUACUUAAUACACAUGAUGGCGAACCAACGACAAUUAAAAAUGCCGUUUGCUUGCAUGAAGAGGAUGCUGGGACUCUGCACAAGCAUACCGAAUACAGAACUGGAAAGGCUGUCGUUGCUCGAUCCCGGAGAUUGGUCAUAAGCUUCGUCGUGACCGUCGUCAAUUAUGAAUAUGCAUAUUACUGGUCGUUCUACCAGGAUGGGAGCAUCAAUUUUGAAGUGAAAGCAACUGGAGAAUUGUCAACCAAUUUGCUUGCAGAUGGAGCAGAUUCUGGUGAAUUUGGAACAGUGAUAUUUCCCAAUGUGAUUGGACAAUUCCACCAGCACAUUUUCUGCAUGAGGAUUGAUCCCAUGUUUGAUGGAUUGCUCAACUCUGUGGCUGUGGGAGAUAUUCGAGCCCUUGCACAAGGGACAAAGGAAAACCGGUACAAUAAUGGAUUUACAGUCGACGAAAAAGUGUUUAAAACUUCAAAAUCCUCAGUUACGGAUGUAAACUCUUCUACUUCAAGAUACUGGAAGAUUUUGAAUCCUUCGUCCAUCCACGCUUACACCAAGAAGCCAGUCGGAUGGAAACUAAUUCCUUCUUCAGGUUCUUUCCCUGGGCUCUUGGCAGGACCUGAGAGUUACAUCAGAAAACGUGCUGGAUUUGCUACACAUUCCGUCUGGGUUACGAAACAAAGAGAUGACGAGCUGUUUGCAGGUGGUCUGUACAUCAACCAAAGCAAGGGCGGAAACGGUGUCGCAAAGUGGGUGGAACGAGACGAGAAUAUUUGUAACGAGGAUGUCGUGCUCUGGCAUUCUUUUGGCGUUACGCACAUUCCAAGAGCUGAAGAUUUUCCUUUAAUGCCAAUGGAGACGACUGGUUUUACACUCAAACCCUUGAAUUUCUUUCUCGGCAACCCUGGAAUUGAUGUGCAACCUCCUUCAAAAUCAUCAAACAAGAGCAAACUGGCGGACAAAUGUUGUGAGAGUGGACGUAAGUAAGUUCUGAUGAAUUGAUUUGAAAAUAAAAUACAAGACAUAACUUUGUUAACAAUUGUAGAUAUUUAAUACACAUUUUAAACCGUUGAACCACUUGUAUUUAAUAAAUAAAAUUCGUCAAUCAUAUA